AUGUGGGGCGAGGGGACAGGGGACAAGGGACACGGGAAACGGGACGAGGGACACGGGACAAGGGACAAGGCUGCCGGCGAGGACGGAGCAGGGACAAGAUGCUGCGCUCUGAGGACGCGCCCUGCCAGCGGCUGGUAUUAUGGAGAGGGGCUCUGCAAGGUUGACUCUGCCUGUGAAGGCAAUCGGGAUGGUUCCCCAGAGCCAGCCUGGGUGGCCCUGCCUCCUGCUCUGGGCUCGGAGGCAGAGCAGCCACCCCAGGGCAGCGUGACCAACAGGGAGCCCUCAUCCUCCUGCCCGGCCUUCAGAGAAGUUCCAGGCCCUUGUGACCCAGAGGAUCUUCUGGAUGGUGUGAUUUUUGGGGCAAAGUACCUGGGCUCCACGCAGCUGGUGUCAGAGAGGAACCCCCCAACCAGCGUCCGCAUGGCUCAGGCCCAGGAGGCAGUGGACAGGAUCAAGGCACCAGAGGGGGAGUCCCAGCCCAUGACGGAGGUGGAUCUGUUUGUCUCCACACAGAGGAUAAAGGUGCUCACAGCUGACACACAGGAGGCCAUGAUGGAUCACUCCCUCCAGACCAUCUCCUACAUCGCGGACAUCGGCUCCCUCGUGGUGCUCAUGGCGCGGCGGAAGCUGCCCCGGCGGGCGGAGGGGGCAGAGGAGAAGCGGCUCUACAGGAUGAUCUGCCACGUCUUCCACUCGGGGGAUGCCCAGAUCAUUGCCCAGGCCAUCGGGCAGGCGUUUGGCGUGGCCUACCAGCGCUUCCUGCAGGCCAACAGCAUCGACCCCAGCGAGCUGAGCCCUCGCCAGUACAGCCGUGCCCUGGAGGACCAGGAGCAGUACAAUGCAGAGCUGACCCACUUCUCCAGGCAGGAGAACUGCAAGGAUGUCUGCAUCCGGAAGCAGAAGGGAGAGAUCCUGGGCAUUGCCAUCGUGGAGUCAGGCUGGGGCUCCAUCCUGCCCACGGUGGUCAUCGCCAACCUGAUGCACGGGGGUCCUGCCGAGAGGUCGGGCGAGCUGAGCAUCGGGGACCGGCUCAUGUCUGUCAACGGGACCAGCCUGGUGGGGCUGCCCCUGCACACCUGCCAGAGCAUCAUCCGGGAGCUGAAACACCAGACAGAGGUGACUCUGAACAUUGUGCACUGUCCCCCUGUCACCACAGCUGUCAUCCGGCGCCCCGAUUCCAAGUACCAGCUGGGCUUCUGUGUUGAGAAUGGCGUGAUCUGCAGCCUGAUGCGUGGGGGCAUCGCAGAGAGGGGCGGGAUCCGCGUGGGGCACCGCAUCAUCGAGAUCAACGGGCAGAGCGUGGUGGCCACACCCCACGAGAAGAUCAUCCAGAUCCUCACCCAGGCAGUCAGCGAGGUCCACAUCAAGACCAUGCCGGCCUCCACCUUCCGCCUGCUGACCGGGCAGGAGCAGCCCCUCUUCCUCUGA